GUGAAACAUUAUACUUUGACCCUAAACGUAUGUGGUCCUAAGUGACGAAGACUCCUGAGGUUGAUAACACCUGUACACACCACAAAUCAAUAAGCAGUGACCCACAUCCGAUGAAGAUGGAGUUAGAGAACUACAAGUCCAACAUUUCCAACAUCAUCGCUGGAGGGUUUGUCACCUCAGCCCUCACCAUUGGGAGGGAGCUAGGGUUGUUUGACACCCUUACAAAGCUUACCACACCCGUGACCAGUCAGCACCUAGCUGAUCUUUGUAACCUUAAGGAAAGGUAUGUACGGGAAUGGCUGGGCUGUAUGGUAGCCAGUAACAUCGUCUCCCUAGACGAUAAUGAUGACUACUUCAUUCCUGAGCAUUGUAAACCUGUCUUUGGGGACAUAAACAUUAUUGAAAUCUACCCUCUUUUCAAUGCAAUGACGAAAGAUGCAAUGGAUUGCUUUCGGAAGGAAGGCCGUGAUGGUUACGGGUAUGAGGACAUGCCAACGGAGAUGGUGGAUGCUAUAGACGGAAGAAUGGGAGAUGUAGAUAAACUUGUGGAAGCUUUAUUAGAACCAGUAUUAACAAAGAAAGAAUCUUCUCUGUCGAAUAUACUUGACCUUGGAUCAGGUGCGGGGGUUUUGACCCGAGCGCUGGGCAAACGUCUUCCUGGCGCCGCAGUCUUUGGCGUCGACUUUAACGAGAUCGCCAUCAACAAGGCAAUCGCUAAAACAGGAAGUUGUUCUAACGUAACGUAUCUGAAAGCAAGCGGCGCAUGCUUACCAAGCGAUUGGACAAAGAGAUUUGAUUUGAUAGUAUUAUACGAUGUUCUUCACGACCUUCCAUGUCCUUCGGAAUGCAUGCGCGAGGUAUAUCGUGUACUAAAAGAUGACGGCGUAGUCGUUAUAUCCGAUCCCCACGUGCACAGUAAACACAGGGACAACAUUGGUGACUUUGGGAUUGCCGGGAUGACAUACGCUAUCAGUUCCGUCAUCUGUCUCCCAAGCAGUAUGUCAACAGAGGGCGCUGCUGGAAACGGUAUUGGUUGGGGCAGCGAAAACAGGGAAUCAUUCCUGACGGAGGCAGGCUGGUGCAUCAAGGACAAACGUCAGAUUGGCUUUUCUAUGAAUCUUACAUGCGGUAAAUCUCAUUAAACUUUAUUUUGAAGUCGU